AUGCUGAGAGGGGAACUGGUGGACGAAGCCGGGGGCUCUGCUGUGGAGUGGAUAGGGUUAAUCCGGGCUGCCAGGCACUCGCAAGAACAGACUUUGGAAGCUAUUGCAGAUCUACCGGGCGGACAGGUACCUACAGCCUCCCUAACUCAGCUCUAUGAGCCUUUUGGUCUCAGGGCUGGAUAGAUUGGCUUUGCAGUCUGGUCCCUUGACAGGCUCUAUCUGUUCUCCUAGAUUUUCUACCGGGCGCUGCGAGACGUCCAGCCGGGAGAGGAGCUGACCGUGUGGUAUUCCAGCUCGUUGGCUCAGUGGUUUGACAUCCCCACCACGGCUACUCCGACGCACGACGAGAAAGGUACGUACAGCACCUUGGCCAGCGACUUGCGCAAGGAGGAAGAGCCUCCCCACAGCGCUGCUCAACUAACUACGCGUUACAGUGAGAGUUUUGCUGUAAGCCCCGCUGAGUUCAAUGGGAUUUACCCACCAGUAAGUUUGGGAUUUCAACCCCCAGAUUCUUCUAUUUGAACUUAAAGCGAGACGGAAGAUAUCAGCUGAGCCGCAGACCAUCGAGUACUUGAUACAGUUUAGGCGGAAUGAACUUGAAAGUAAGCUCUGUUAAAGUCAACACUGGCUAAUAAAUUUGUGUGCGGGUGUCAUUCAGUAGGUCGGUCUUAUACCUUCUUCUAAACUCUAAAAACCAAACUACGGGGCAAUUAAUAAACUUGUCACAAACUUGGAAGUAAAUCCCAGUGUAAACAGUGGUGGUUGUUUUUAAAAAGAUCAAGCGAGCUGUUCGUUUGUGGUGCUGGAUCUAUAUGAGACAUGUUUGCAAAUACAUGCUGCUCAGCUAGAUCCUGUGCAUGCUCACUCGGAGAGAAGCCUCAAUGAAGUUAAUGGGGCUUACUCUCAAGUAAGUAAGAUUGAGGGCUGAUGUGCAAGAAGAACCCCAGUCAUGCCAAGUACUUGGUGAAAGAAGUGGGGAAGGCUUAAAUACGGCUGAACCAGGAUUGUGGACCUGAUUGCAAUAAAAAGGCAGUAUUGGACCACAGCUUAGAGCUAAGAUAAAAGUAGCUUAAGUAGGUCAAACAAAAAUAUUUACUCCAGAUACCGUCUUCCCAAUGCGGUUGACCUUUCAUUGGAAUAGUUCUUGAGCUACGAAUUUAGACCGUGGUAGAAGGGAGUUAGGACCCUGUUCCUGCUCAGCCUUUUCUUGCAUGUGCACCGAUUCCCUCUGCACCUUACCCAGUGGGCGCCCUGCCACACCGACAUUCUUCUCCUUACAAUACGACAGUUUUGGAUUUUGCCCCCGCCAAUGCUAAAUGAGGCUCGCUGGUUCUAAAGGCCUAGGAUGGCUUUUCUUCUGCUUUUGUGCUUUGCCUUGCAUCUGCCUUGCAUCUCCCUCUCCGGCUUUUCUCCUAACCUCCGGAUCCCGUUCUUAUUCGAAGUGACGGUACAGUCCAUUUAAAGCGGGAAAGUAUGCGCGCUGACAUACGUGAGGACACCUCCAGCGCUGUUCCGAAAUCUUGGGAAUUCUUGAAGGGACUACAAAAGAAACAAAUGCCACUAGAUCUUCUCAGAGUUCUAAGUGCUAGAGGAGAACUCGGCCCGCCGGAUUUCUUUCCCCAACCCGCCCAAUCAUAGUUAUGGAGCUAUAGUUUUUACAGUGGUACCUCGGGUUACAUACGCUUCAGGUUACAUACGCUUCAGGUUACAGACUCCGCUAACCCUUCUUCAGGAUGAGAACAGAAAUCGCGCUCCGGCGGCGCAGCGGCAGCAGGAGGCCCCAUUAGCUAAAGUGGUGCUUCAGGUUAAGAACAGUUUCAGGUUAAGAACGGACCUCCGGAACGAAUUAAGUACUUAACCCGAGGUACCACUGUAUUUUGAAAUGGAUUUUUGUUCCAUCUACUUUUUUUUUUUUUUAAGAAUAGUGUUUUCAGUCAAUCCAUUCGUUCUCCUUUUCACUCUGGUAAUGAGCGGCCACAGCUUCUUGUCCAAGUUAACGCUUUGUGUACUCUUGCUAUAUAUAUCCGGUGGCGGGAAGGACUUUGGUUUAAGACUCGUUGAUUCUGAGGCAGGGAAGUGCAUGGAGCUACUAGGCCUCUCGGAUUCAGUGACUUGUGGAUCCGUAAUGCCGAUGGGCCUUUAUCUGUAGAUUAGUGAGCUUUAGGAGAUAAUAUGUUAAAACAAAGAGGAAACUUAAUCCUGUUAAAAUACAGAGGCUGUACGGAUUCAGCAGCAUUUCUUGGUGAUGGAACCUACCACGAGAUUCUGGCUGCCGUCCUGAUCACGCUUUUGUCUUUUCAGCAGCGUCCCAGGAACGCGAUGGGACGUGUUUAGAAUUGCACAGCGAAUUAAUGAAACUCGAGUGUUAGCUGUUAAGUCGUCAAAUAGCCAUUCCGAAAGGUUUCAGCUAGAACUGGUGUCCAUUGAUUCCGGUGGAGGUUAUUUCCACCACAGAGUGCAAGUUCUACACCAUUGACUUAGGUUUAAAACAGCUCGGUGCAAUCCAAGGCAGUAUAACUGGGAUCAAACCCAAGAGGUUUAGCAGAAUAAAUGGGUGAAGGAGAAGAGCUUCUUAAAAUCCAAUUUCCAGUUACAGUGGUACCUCGGGUUAAGUAUUUAAUUCGUUCCGGAGGUCCGUUCUUAACCUGAAACUGUUCUUAACCUGAAGCACCACUUUAGCUAAUGGGGCCUCCUGCUGCUGCCGUGCCACCAGAGCAUGAUUUCUGUUCUUAUCCUGAAGCAAAGUUCUUAACCUGAAGCACUAUUUCUGGGUGAGCAGAGUCUGUAACCUGAAGCGUAUGUAACCCGAGGUACCACUGUAUUUGGAUUGGCCCACAUAGUUCUAACAGACUUUAACUUGCACUCAGGCCCAACCCAUGCAUGCUUAAUCAGAAGUAAACCCCACUGUGUUUAAAAGGAUUGUGGACUUUGCAAGUUUGGGUUUGCAGAAUACUUAGAUGAAUAAUUUUGUAGAUACUGCACAUGCUUGGGAGGAAGCCCUUUGAACUCAGAGCAGCUGCUUCUGAGUUGCAGUGUAUAGGAUUGGGCUGCAUAGUGAGAGGGAAUGAAACUUGUCAUUCCAAGGACCCUUCUUCAAAAGUGCAAGUAAUAUAAAUGUAAAAGGCAGCUGCAGAGGACCGUUUAACAUAACCAUGUAUGUUACUGCUUUCUGCACCUAUGUGUGGUAUAAUCCUCCUUACUACAUGAGAAGGGUGAAAGAGAGAAGUCAAUUGUUUUAAAUCCAAGUACCUCAGGGAACGUGAAUUUAGGAGCAAGCCAAAAACACUAGAGGAAGAAAUAGGACCCCACCCUACUCCAAGACAGGAAUUACUGAAACAGAAAAAAAUAGUUUCACUGUAGGAGAACUAUCCUAAUGCAAGAAAACUCCUCAAAAAAGGUUAUCAAUGAAUAAUUGAUCUGAUUGCCCAUUUCACAUAUGUAUAAGAGGCUGGGUACUCUUAAUCACAACUUUAUAUCCCAGACAAAUGGUAAGAUCUACUGGUCUCAAUGGGAAAUUUAUAAAUCCCAUGCAAAAGAUCACAGAUGGUGCACAGAAAGGAGAACUUUUGCCUCACAGGCAUUUAGUAUCAAUAGCUAGGAUGAGGAUUAUAGUUGCAAUGAUUCGUCGCUUACUACAAAAAGUCUCAAAGAGGUCUACAAUUAUAAAAGCAUGCAUAAUGCAUUAAAAUACAUCAGAAAGAUAAAAGAAUAUUAAUUGACUAAAACUGUCCAUCCUGCAAUAACAUAAGAAGGCCAAAUCUUACCCCAACCUGCUACAAGAUGAACACCAGUACUGGCUAGGCUGUCGUUGGCCUUUGGCUUAUUAAACAAUCUAGUAUGGCCUUUUAAACCAUGGGGGUGUUAAUGUUUUUGUUUGUUGUUAUGGUAUGUAUUUGUGUGUUUUUAUAUUGUAAACCACCCUGUGACCCUUGGAUUAAGGGCAGUAUAGAAAAUUAAAUAAAUAAAUAAAACCAUAUGACCCCAGUUAAGAGCUAGGUGCCUGGCUGAACAUGCACAUAUUUGCCUGGAACCUAAAACUUGAUAAUGAUGGCACCAGAGAGUAUUCCACAAUCAGGGGGCCACCACUGGAAAGACUGUGAAGCUGCCUUAUCAGACUAUUUUUCCAUCUAGACCCCUGGGUAUAGGGCGGUAUAUAAAUUCAAUUAAUAAUAAUAAUAAUAAUAAUAAUAAUAAUAAUAAUAAUAAUUGGUCAGUAUUCUCUACCCCCAAAGAGAAAAUAAUUAAACAAACCAGCUAUGGUGGGCUGCAAACCUAAACACACAGGAGGAAGUAAGCCCAAUUGAACAUCCUAGCUUAGGACUUACUUCUGAAUAAACAGGCACAAGUUUGCACUCCAUAGGAAGCUGCCUCAUAAUGAGUCAGACCAUUGGUCCAUCUGGUUUGGACUGGCUUCACUGUCUACAUUGACUAGCAGCAACUAUUCAGGGGUUCAGACUGAGGUUUCUACCUGCCCUAUUGGCUAUGAUGUUGAUUGAAUUUUGAACCUUCUGCAUGCAAAGUGGAUGCUCUGCCAUUGAGCAAUAGCCUUUCUCUUUCCUCUGAUUUCUUGUACUGUACAGUACUGGACAUCAUUUUGAGACAUUAUGGUCCCAUGUCUUUAUGAUAUGGUCAUGUACUCUGACCAUACUGCAACGACUUUUUAAAAUACUUUUGUUAACUUAUCACCUUGCAACAUAUAUUAGCAGAUACAUUAUCUAAUAAGGUGUAAAGAGAAUCAACUGGUCACAUUUUGGCACUUUGUGUUCUGUUUUCCAUGGCUUGAAAUCAAUAGGAGGCAAAUUCACGGGCACAUAAUUUAGGGGUUCCAGUAGCACCUAAAGCUGUUUUAGAGUGAGUCCAAUGAUUGGUCUGCCUAGCACAAUAUUGUUUCCUCUCCUUGGCAAGUGUCUUCCCUAGCCCUGCUACCUGAGAUCCUUUAUCUCAGGCGUGGGAGGAGGGGCCAUCUGUGGCCCUCCAGACGUUGUUGAACUCCACUUCUCUCAACCCUAUUCUGUAGUCCAACAAAGUUUGGAGAUGCAUGGGCUCUCACUAUUCCUUCUUUAACUGGGAAAAUCCGGGAUUUAAGAUGGGAUUUGCUGUACCUGAAGGUGUUACUUUGACGCCCACUUUCCCAAAACUGUACACCUCUCGGAAGCAUGUCUUUUCAAUAUAAAAACAACGAUCAUGAAGGGGACGAAGCGUCUUUCCCAUCUCCCUUCCCCGUCUCUGUGUUUAGAGUCCAUAAUAAAUAAGAAAGUCCGUCGGAUAUUGGCCAGGUCUAAAAUUAGCAUCCCGUUACUGCUGUGGCCUGUGACCCUAACUAAAUACGCUUAAUCCCAAGUAAGUGUUAUAGAUUUCAAGUGACACAAACUUAUUAAGGAUUAGAAAACUUCUGCUAGUCAGCAUUUUCUUUCCCAACACUGCAUUUUAGCAAUUUCUAAGCUUCUGGCAAUUACUAAACCCUUCAUACGAAAUUAUAAUACAUAAGGACUAACGCAAUAGGAAGCAACUUGAACCACGACUUUUUGCGGGGAAGGAUUUAGAUAUUAAAAGCCGAUUCAGCGAGUCUCUAGUCAGAGAUUCUUUCUUCCUGGAUAAUCUAAAAUGUGUAGGGAACUGAAGUCUCCGCGAAAUCAACACGAUUUGCUUCUGGAGAGUUGCGAACUGCGCGAGACAUUCAAUAGGCGAACUUUUUUUCACCAUCAUCCCAUAUCGCCUGCGUGCGUCUGCUGAAUUCUUUUUGCAGCUGCUACAGGCACAGGAGCCCCUCUUGAAAAACAAACAAACAAACAAACAAACAAACAAACAAACAAACAAACAAAACCAGCCUUACUUAGUACUGCCGUGCCAAACCAAUUCUUAUGCUCAGCUUCUCCAGUUCCGCUAAAAUUAUUUUUAACUUUCUCGAGUAGACUUUCAUUCAAUCCUAAAACGGCAACACAAACCCUGAGACAAAAACAGUUGUCAAGCAAGUGGAACUGUAAAGAGGGUGGCACUUUUAGUUUCACAAAAGUGUUUGACUCGCUCCAUUUAGUCAUAGAUUGAGUAAACGAGGCUCUUAGCAGCAUAAUGUGAAUCGAGAAUUGGGGGGGGGGGGAGGGAGAGGAGGACAGAAGCCAGCAGUCUGGGUUUAGGGAUCGUUAGUGUUUGCAAACAAAGAUAAUUGGAGAGCGCAGCCUUUGAGGAGCUCGCCAGCCGGAGAAAGCUACUCAGUUAAGCUUGUUAACAGCGCCAUCCUAACCAUGCACGUUUAUGCUGAGAUGUAGGUCCUAUAAUCCAAUGUGUUUAGGACUGUAGACUUAAAUUCAUAAAGUUUUAUCGUGGCUUCCUAUUCAUUCUUUCCUUGCAACCGGGUUAUCUGCCUUUCCAGUGUAAGGCCAUAGGAUGCUUGCAACUGCUUACACUCAGGCUGGGAGGGAGCUAUCACUGAACAGAAAGACUUUAGUUUUCUCUGCAGUUAAUGAACAGUUCCACGCUGGUUGAUUCUUGAACUUUUAAAAGACCCUUUGGCUUGCUUAUUCCAGCAGAAUCGAGACCUAGCACCUGCUAUGCCUUCUUGGGCAUCCUUUCCUACACGCCAGUUUCGCGUUAACCAGCGACGGAAUCCUAUCGCUGGAAUCCUACCGGCCAAGCACCACCACCGCCACUAAACACAGGAACCGUAGCCCAUGGCCGUCUUUAUUAAGCAGCCAGGGACAUUCACAAUUAUUUCGCUGAGAUGGCCAACUAAUGCAUAUAUCACAAAUCUUAUUGACGUAUAAACUUACAAGGUAACCCGGUGUGGUUGGACCCCAGGUGCCAUUAGCCUCAGGAUGCCCUACGGUCAGAGAGCAUGGAAGCUUAGUUCUUUUGAACCCAUAAAAAAGGGAGGGAAGGAAGGAAGGAAGGAAGGAAGGAAGGAAGGAAGGAAGGAAGGAAAGUACAUUGGCAUCUGAUUGGCCACUGCAAGAACAGGAUGCAGGAUUAGGCGGGCUUUUGCCCUGGUCCAGCAGGACUGCUCCUAUAUUAUUGAGAGUAAUAUAUCUGUAUCUAGGUGUGGCGUUUAUUAUAUGUCUGUAUUUCAACUUUUAGAACCACAUGUAGAAGAAAGAUGAUCGAAUAUAGAUUCCACAAGCUAUACAUUAUCUUUCAUUCUUUGCCUCAGCCAGGCUCUUCACUAUCUGUCUUUCCCUCUAAGCGAUUUGCUUGUUCACUAUUUCAUAUUCCGGCCCACCCCCCACUCCCCACAAUCGAAUUCCUGUGGGGCUUUUCUUUUUGCAUUCGGAAAUGCCACCUCUUUUACGAGUCUCUAUAGCUUUGAAGCGCUGGUCGCUUAAUUUAACCCUUGCUGGUGAAUCCUCCGGUGCAAAACCUCCGUGUUCUGCUGCAAUGGCCCCACCGUCUCCACAAAGUAUCGAAAGAAGGGGACGUGCCUAUCGCAGGAGCACGAAGUCGCCCCGUCGGUUUGUUCCGCCUUAGGAAACGCCAAGCGUUUAAGGAUCGGGGGCACAAAGGGCACUGUAUUCUGAAAGGACCGAUUACGUAUGGCCCAUACAUAUAGGAUAUUGUCUCGCCUGGUAAUGGGAGGCUCAUGAUCAUUAGAUUGGCCUUUGUUUCCUUGCGUCAGCUCCCUGACAUACGGCACCUAUUCUGCAAACGUCAACAGAUGGGCCGCCGGACACAGGCGUUAAGGCAACAGCUGCGCGCUUUUCAUUCCUCGUGGAGUCCAAAGGCAGCCCAGCCAGAGCGCAUUUGUGGCCCUCUGCCUUUGCACUGCUUUUUACUCAACUCUCUACCUCCCUCCCCACUCCUCUCUCAGUACUCAACAGAGAAAGGCACUAGCAGUUUAGGAUUCAUAUCCCACAGCCAUACAUCUUUUUUUUUUUAAACUAAUCUCAAACAACUCCUAGCUCGCUCGUUUUUUACAAUCACAUUCUGAGAUUGAUUCCAGCCACACACGCAUAUACUAUGGAAAAAUAGAGGGAAGUGCCUUCGACUGAAACAGACCCGAUUGGUCUUUCUAGGUCUACACAAAUUGGCAGCGGCUCUCCAGGUUUUAGACAGGGAGUCUCUCCCAGCCCUACUUCGACAUGCCGGAGCUCAAACCUUGGGACAUUCCGCACGCAAGGCAGGUGCUCUAACCACUGAGCCAUGCGCUUCUAUCCCUCCUUCCUUAUAGCUUACAUUCAUAUAUCACCUUUCUUUCCUCAUCGAACCCAAGCAGUCUCCCUUCCAGCAAUGUGCAGACCCAUACCAGAUCAGCUUCAACAAGGUGUUGGCCUCAGGUGCCCUCGGAGCGCAUCUUUGACACUCCUUACCUGCUCUCUGUGCAAAUGGCAUAACGAGCCCUUUCUACGUUACCCUAAGUGUGGGCUCCAAAGGCGAGUAGGGGAUAGUCACAGCCGUCCACGGCUUUAAUGGUAAGCACGCUUACUGAAAAGGAAAUCCUUGUGCAUAAACACUCAUGUAAGAAGGCUGUUAAUCCGAUAAAUUACUUAUAAUGACUUUUCUAAUGCUACUCACACACUCGUAUUAAAGUCACAAGUCUAUAGUAACUUGGACGCGAAAAGAGAAAAACAAGGGACUACAGACUGACUGACAGUGCAACACGCCUAUUCAGAAUUAAGUCUUGUUGAGUUUCGAUAACUUCCUAUAACUUUGGGAUUGCCGCCUGAAGCAGGCGGAUCCACAUUUAAGUAAUCGUCGGUUUUCCACGAAGGUAAAAGAAUGAGAACUCCAAAUCACAGUCUAGUUAAGACAUGGAGUGUUUAAAUAUGAAUGAAAUGGGUUUAGUUCCGCUAACGUCUCCGCUGCUGAACUGACUUAAAUCCAAGUAAGUUGACUUUGCCAGACAAUGAAUCAGAAUGCAGUUCUCAAAUCAUUCACCCUGGAAACUUCUCGUUGUAGGUGGCAACAGAAUUAUCUGUAGUAAGUUAGCGCUGGGCUCCAAACUUAAGGUCAGUUCAAAGCCUGCAAUUUUAUGUUUGCAACCCUAAUUCUCACACUUGCCUAAGUCCAUUUGAACCCAGUAGGACUUACUUCCAAGUCCACAUGCACAGUUUUCACUGCAGGGAAAGGCUCUCGUUAUUUAUCAACCUCACUCCCUCCUAACGCGUUCCGAAAAGCCAUCCACUAUGGCUUCCUGUUCUUGAGACUAUGCCAGGGUGUUUGGUAGGUGUUAGCUCUGAUUUGAUGUUCCAACCCUGAGAGGUUCCGAUUAGUGGCCAUCUUGUAACCACAUUCCUUCCUGAGAGUUGACAUGGCCUAGUGUUGGGCUUUUGAUUCACAAAUCUUUUCAGUUAUUUAUUUAAGUGGAGUCCUCUCAGCUUCGCGGAGUUGUGAACAUAAACAAGAUAUGGGAUGCAACGGAUUAAUAUCAAUUGUUAAUAGUUACGCAGGGUUCCACUAGAAUAUCAGAGGCGCAGUGCAGGUUGUGUACCCUGCAUGCGGUCUUAUGCCGAGUCAGACGUUGAAGUAUUUUAAGUUCUUCUUUCUAGAACGUUAAAUCAAGCUCGUCUAAGCUUCCAAGUUUAAGGUGCAAAGCAUGGUACUCUGCUGAUCUCACGGGAGCAAGGAAAGAUAGAGUUGCCAAAUGUCCCCUUUUUCCAGGACAGCCCUCUUUUUCAUGAGUAGGUAAAAUGAGAGUCGUCAUAACGAUCCAUAGGUAAAAGUAGAAAUCGGCAAUAGUGUCCCUUUUUUUGCUCUUCAAAACAUGGCAACCCACAUUAUUAAACUAAACAAUAUAUCCUCUCCUAGUGUCGAAAUCCAUUCUACAGACAUUUGAUCCAUCUACCUUUAUACUUAUCUAUGUGGACUUGUCUUGGCUGUCCAGGGCUUCAGACACGAGCAUUUCCUUGGGAUCCCAUGGAAUUGAACCUAUAGGACCUUUUUGCACGUGAAGAGCGUGCUCUACCACUAAACCCUGAAUCACCCCAGAAUCUGGUUCUCUGUCUUGAAUGUCAGCGCAGUAAAGCCAACUUCGCCGCUCCCACACAUCUGAGAGCAAGUGCUUUGCACGCAGGAGGUUCCAGAUUCGACCCCCAGCAUCUCCAAGACACCUUGGAGAGCUGCUGCUGUCAGUCAAUGUAGACAGCACUGACGUAGACGGACCAACAGUCUGACCUGGCGUAAAGCAACUUCCCAAGUGCAAUAAUGAAAUGACUACCCAGGCACUACAGAUCGCUAUACCGACUUGGAUAAAUGAUAAUGGGCAUCUAUCCCAACAUGGUUGGCUGGAAUGCACUGGAGGAGACCUCGGCAAAGCCUGAGAGAGAUGCUUGCUAUGUGACUGUGGCAUGAUGUAGCCCGCUUUCAUCUCCGCAUGUUUGGGAAGAAGGGUGGGGAGUUGAUAUGUGCAUGAAUGGACUUGAUAUGCCCCAAUGCUGGUCUUUGCUAGAAGUAUAUGGAUGAACUUUGAAGAAAAAAAAGAAGAACUUGAGUGAAUUUAUGAAAGACAAUUAACUACAGUGUUUAAUUAUGGGCAGAGUAUUCUCCACAUGGGUAGUUGGCAGUGCAGAACUGGCAAGUGGGUUGCCCAGGGCAAGAUAAAGCGACGAACAAAUUCAAUAAAUUAUAAUAAUAUUAUAAUAGCUGUGAAGUAUGAAUGCCACACUACUUCACAUUAAAAAACAAACAAACCGAGAGACAUUAUAUGUAUUCCAACAAAAUCUGAAUCAAAUUCCACCUUCAAUUCAAGUUGCCUCCACGCUGACCUAGCCUUCAAAUGGGGUGGUGGUGGUGGUUAACAGGUGACUGAACUACGGCUCCCAUCAUCACAAAGCAUUGAGGGCUGACGGGAGUUGGACGUCUAGAAGGCCCGAGAUUAGCAACCUCUGCUUCAAGCAUUUCUCACUGUUGAGAAAGUUGAACAUAUAAUAUUUCAGAUCCAGGUUUCAUAUUCCCAGGCACCUGGUUCCAAAUCUGUGAGAAGAGCUUAGUCGGGGUUUCUACGUGUUUGCCUAGUUAACGUCUCCCUGCUUUGCUUUCCCUCUGCUAGGCGAAGAGCGCUACAUCUGCUGGUACUGCUGGCGGACCUUCAAGUACCCCAACAGCCUCAAGGCGCACGUCCACUUCCACUGCGUGCUGAACAACGGCCGCAGCUUCCUGGGCUCUCCGGAGCACGCCCGGCCUUCGGACCUGUUCAGCCUGUCGCUGAAGCCCGCGGCCGCGCCGGCGUCCUUAAGGACCCACUGCGCCGGCGGCUCCAGGGAGAGCAUCAAGCGGGAAUCCUCGGGCUCGCCGCCAGUGGCCAAGGCGGGCGGCGGCGGGCGCAAGGCGGCGGCCAAAGAGGAGCAGGAGAGGGCCUUGGACAUGAGUGUCAGCUCGACGGGACGGGGUCCGGGGCAGUUCCUGGGCCUGCUGGGAAGCGGCGGCGGCAGCAACGGGCUGUCCUUCUACCCCGGGGCGAGGUCCGCCUUCAAGCCCGCCGGCCUGGCCAAAGCGAACCAGGCGGACUCUUCUCCACCGGCCUCUUCUUUCCGGGAAGAGGGCAAGGCCAGCGGCUUCAGCAAGCUCUUGGGGAGCCUCAAGCCCGGCCGCUCCAGCGGCGAAGGCCCCCUGGGCGUGGGCAGCGGCCCCCACGGCCACGCGCAGCAGCAGCACCACGCGCCCCAGCCUCACCACCACCAUCACCACCACCACCAUGCCAAGUGCCACGCGGCUACCGCGCCGCCUCCCUCAGCGGCGGCGGCGGCGGCAGGCUUGGCUUAUUCAGGGGGCGCCCGAGGCUUCCCGCUGCUCUCGCACUUCGAGGAGACGUCCGCCUUCAAGCACGUCGAGAGGGGUCUCCACGCCAGCCUGUCGCCGCCCGCCUCCGCCCGCUACCCGCCACUCCCCAGCGGGCUCCACCUAGAGCGCUUCGCCGCCGCCCUGCCGCCCUUCGAGGGGCUCAAGCCCUUCUCCGCGUCGGCGGAGUGCAGCCUCCCGCCCUUCAUGCCUUUCACCGUCUACAACGGCGAGCUGCUCUACAGCGCCCCUUACUACCCGCUCAAGCUGCACUUUGGCAACCUCCUCAAGUACCCGGAGUCCGUGUCCUAUUUCAGCGGGGCCGCGGCGGCUGCGGCGGCUGCGGCGGCAGCGGGCCUGAACCCGUCGGAGCUGGGCUCCCUGGCCAGCAUCGACCGCGAGAUCGCCAUGCACACGCAGCAGCUGUCGGAGAUCGCGGCGGCCGAAAAGAGCCGCGGGCGCUUGGAGAGCUUGCAGCCCUCCGCGUCGUCGGGCCCGGCAGGCGGCAAGCCCAAGACGGGCCACUUGUGCCUGUACUGCGGCAAGCUGUACUCGCGCAAGUACGGCCUGAAGAUCCACAUGCGGACUCACACCGGCUACAAGCCGCUCAAGUGCAAGGUGUGCUUGCGCCCCUUCGGGGACCCCAGCAACCUCAACAAGCACAUCCGCCUGCACGCCGAGGGCAACACGCCCUACCGCUGCGAGUUCUGCGGCAAAGUGCUGGUCCGGCGCCGGGACCUGGAGAGGCACGUCAAGUCCCGGCACCCGGGCCAGAGCUUGCCCAAGGGCGGCGCCGGCGGCGCAGAGGACAGGAGCGGCGCCGACGCCCCCGGGUACGCGCGCCCGGAGCUGCAGGAGCCAAAGACUGACAACGAGAGCGACGUCGACGUCUGCUUCACGGACGAUCAGAGCGACCAAGACACGGGCGGCAGCAGCAGCGGAGGCGGAGGCGGAGGCGGAGGCGGAGGCUGCCGGGCCAAGGAGCAGCAAUAG